AUGAAAGAUACCUUCAAAAAGAAUCUCCGUAUACAUUUUCGUGAAUACUGCAAUCAUACAAGUGUUCACGGUUUUCAAUAUCUUGGUGAGAAAAACAGGCAUGUCGUCGAAAGAAUUUGGUGGUUUCUUGUUUUUGUAAUUUGCUUGGCUGCUUGCAUUACUUCAAUAUGGGCUGUCUACAAAAAGUGGGAGGGAAGCCCAGUGAUCGUUAACUUUGCCAACACACUAACACCAAUAUACCAAAUUCCUUUUCCUGCCGUAACAAUCUGUCCUGAAGCAAAAUCGAACCAAAAAAUUUUUAAUUUUACCCAAGUAAUGCAGAAUAUGGAGGAUGGAAUCCCAUUAAAUCUUUCUGACGAAGCCCGUUUUGAAUAUAUGUCCCUCAUUUGCAACCACUAUCCAGAACUGAAUUAUACUAACAACGACACUUUCUCCGACGAUUUUUACGAUGUUCUCAGAACCGUUACUCCAGAGUUUCAAAUUCUAAACUGUUCAUUUUUGGAUAGCUUAACCGACAAGUGCGCUGAAUUUUUUGUACCGAUCGUUACUGAGGAGGGAGUUUGUUAUACUUUCAAUAUUCUAGAAGCAAAGGAGAUCUAUAAAGACACUGUAUUAUCGUUUAACGAUUAUCAUCGGAGAUCAAACCUCAACUUGCAAAACAGAACUUCUUGGAGUCUUCAAGAGGGUUACUCUGAAAGUGCCGGGCUAAGUCCUUAUCCUUUACGAGCAUACUUAGCAGGCGCUAAAAAUGGACUCACUUUGACCAUCUUAACAGUAAACGAAGACUUAGAUUAUGCUUGUAAAGAUUCUCUUCAAGGAUACAGGGUUAUACUACAUACCCCCAUGACAAUACCUCGCCCCAGUCAAAAAUAUUUUAGAAUACCUCUCGACCAAAGUGUUAUUGGAGCUAUUGAACCGGUGAUGAUCACUACUUCCAAUAGGGUAAAAGGGUACAAGUCAGAACGACGAAAGUGCUUCUUUUCAUUUGAACGUGAGUUGAGAUAUUUCAAAAAUUAUACCGCAUCCAACUGCAACUUGGAAUGUUUAACCAACUAUACGCUAGAGAUGUGCGGUUGUGUGGAUUUCUAUAUGCCUCGUGAAAAUGGAACAAAGAUUUGUGGCACUGGUAAUAUAGAGUGUAUGAAAAUUGCCGAAGGUGUGAUGCACGAAAUUCAUUUGUCUGUUCAGAUUGAUGACGAAAAGAGCUUCAAGAAAUUUGACUGUAACUGUUUAUCUGUUUGUUCUGACUUAACUUAUGCAGUCGAAACUUCACAAAUAAAUUAUGAAUGGAAAAAUAUGGGUUCUGCUCGACGAAGUCUACCUCGUGUUUCUGCCAAUUCACAUUUGUCUACUUUAACUCUCUUCUUUAAAUCUGAGAGUUUCAUAACUUCAGAAAGAAACGAACUAUAUGGACCCCUCGACUUUAUUUCAAAUUUUGGUGGACUUCUUGGACUCUUCACAGGAUUUUCUAUUUUGUCUUUAAUGGAAAUGGUUUAUUUUAUGUCCAUCAGAAUUCUAUGUAAUAUACGUUUAUUUGGGCGGUGGUCAGGCGCCGAAAAAGAGUAAUUAUUAAAUAAAUAAACUCACGUUACUUAACAAUAGCCAUCAUAAAAUGAAGUACAACAUUUUUAUUGGUAAAGGUGUUUUGAAAAUACUAAUAGUG